UCUGAGUUGGGAAUUUGUAGAGAUUUUGUCAUAGUCAUCAAGUUUCCAUAUAGUUUGGGUCUUAAUUUAAACAAAAAUGGAUAUAGACGACGUUCUCCCCCCUCUCCCCUUGGAGCCACCUGAUGAUUUUGGCCCAGACCAGGGCAGAGCCCCUCCACCACCUCCCCUGCAAACGUCCAGUGACGCAGAGGUAAUGGACGUUAGCUCUGGUGGUGAUGGACACUCAUACACCCCAGGGGACGAGGAAGCAAAGAAGCAGGAGCUCAUGAGCAAGGGCUCACUAAUUUUCUGUAGCCACCUUUCCAAUGAGACCAGUCCCAACCCACGGUGCCCCAGAACAGCCCGCCACGCUCCUCAGGUCACCAAGUUUCUGCCAGACUUGAAGCAGCUCAGAGAUGUUAAGAUCAGUGUAAGCUUCACUGAAAGCAGCAGCAGCACUAGUAGUAGUAGUAGUAGUAGUACUAACAAAGACAGGAAGGUUUUAUACACAGGUGAGGGACAGGAGACAGGAAGUAAUGAUGACUUAAUGUGUCUCAAUGGUGAAAUACAAGAUGUGACAAGCAUUCUAGAUGUUACUGAGGGAGGCAGUGGAGCUGGGAACGCAGGAGACAGAAAGUCAGAGGUGAGUGAGGUAGACCUGGAAAAUAAGGUAGAGUUUGCUGUCUUGGAUGAGUUGGAGGACUACUAUGAGAACUUUCUGGAUCGGGAUGACGGGGAGCAGGAUGUCUUUACGUCUGAUGCCAUCGUUCAGCAGGAGCAAGUGGGUGAUGAGACCGCGGCCUACACAUAUGAGGAGGGCUUUGACAACGAUGUGGAUGCUCUUCUGGAAGAGGGCAUGCCAGUCCCGAAAAAGAUGCGUCUAGCAGAGGACAAAUAUCCCGGGGACAGUGAUCAUCAGUCCGACGGAGACGGUGAAGGGAGCGUCCAGCCGAUGGUGACCAAAAUCAAGACUGUCUUGAAGAGUCGAGGCCGUCCGCCAACUGAGCCUCUUCCUGAUGGGUGGAUCAUGACAUUCCAUAAUUCAGGCAUUCCAGUCUACCUGCACAGAGAGACCAGGGUGGUCACCUGGUCCAGACCCUACUUCCUUGGAACGGGCAGUAUUAGGAAACAUGACCCACCUACUAGCAGCAUCCCCUGCCUACACUACAAAAAAAUGAAGGACCAGGAGGAGAAGGAGCUGAACGGGGAGGUGACCUCUAAUGUGGAGGAGCCUGCUCUGAAGGCCAGUGUUGUGGAGAAAGCAGACAAGUCAGCCGAGGAGCAGGGUGAGAACCUUUCAUCCACCGUCAAUGAAGGUGGCCAAGAUGGAGAGUGUGUGGAUGACACCGGCACGCAGAAAAAAGAGGCACAGGCGUACGAUACUGCUCAAGGAGCCUUAGGCCAGGUUAAGGCCAAGGUAGAGGUGUGCAAAGAUGAAUCUGUAGAACUUGAAGAAUUCCGUUUUUACCUGGAAAAAUGCUUCGACUUCGAACAAGUCACCGUCAAGAAGUUUCGCACCUGGGCUGAGCGCAGACAGUUCAACAGAGACAUGAAGAGGAAGCAAGCAGAAUCAGAGCGGCCGAUCCUUCCUGCUAACCAGAAACUCAUCACACUGUCAGUCCAAGAUGCUCCAACUAAGAAGGAGUUUGUCAUCAAUCCUAAUGGGAAGUCUGAAGUUUGCAUCCUGCAUGAAUAUAUGCAGCGGGUCCUGAAGGUUCGGCCUGUUUACAACUUUUUUGAUUGUGAGAACUCAAGUGAGCCCUUUGGUGCUUCAGUGAUUAUAGACGGAGUCACUUACGGCACAGGAACAGCGAGCAGUAAAAAACUAGCCAAAAACAAAGCUGCCCGAGCCACACUGGAAAUCCUCAUCCCCGACUUUGUGAAGCAGACCUCAGAGGAGAAACCUGUCGAGGGCGAUGAACUAGAGUAUUUUAAUCAUAUCAGUAUAGAAGAUUCACGAGUAUACGAGCUGACCAACAAAGCAGGUCUACUUUCGCCAUAUCAGAUUCUUCAUGAGUGCCUUAAAAGAAACCAUGGAAUGGGGGACACCAGCAUUAAAUUUGAGGUGAUCCCAGGAAAGAACCAGAAGAGUGAAUAUGUUAUGACAUGUGGGAAACACACAGUGCGAGGCUGGUGCAAGAACAAGAGGGUUGGCAAACAACUAGCAUCUCAGAAGAUCCUACAGAUGCUUCACCCCCACGUUAAGAACUGGGGCUCGCUGCUGCGCAUGUAUGGCAGAGAAAGCAACAAGAUGGUCAAAAAGGAGAGUUCAGACAAGAGUGUAAUAGAGCUGCAGCAGUAUGCCAAAAAGAACAAGCCAAACCUUCACAUCUUGAACAAACUGCAAGAAGAAAUGAAGAAACUGGCAACUCAGAGGGAGGAAACGAGAAAGAAACCCAAGAUGACCAUAAUGGAGUCGGCCCAGCCUGGGAGCGAGCCCCUCUGCACUGUCGAUGUUUAAGUCUCAGAAUCACUGAUGAACCACAGCACUGAAACCCAGUCACUGUCUAACAUCACACAGCAUCAUGGUGUCCAAACAAACACAUCACUGACAUCCAAUGAGGAAUCAUAGUGUCACACUGAUCAGAGCGGUAGAGCUGCUUGCUUCCUUCAGCUACAUUUUAUAGGUUGAGCAAGUAGGUGUGAGAGUAAGACUGAAUGUACUUAAUUGGAGCCUAGAGAUUGAAAAACUGUCUACCUCUCUAGAGGCAUCCUAAACGAGACCUGGUAGAAUAUGAACUGCAUCAGAACAGAAAUGCAUGCUUCUUUAGCUGUAAAAGCCAAUGCAAACAUUGUCAAAAUAUUGUCAAAGUGUUACUUUUGAAGUUCUAAUCUUUUACUUUUUUUUUUUUUGUAGUGCUUGAAGUUUUCAGAAGGACUACUAAUGCUUGUAUUUAUACCAUUCACUUAAUUGGAACGCAAAUUCUUGUUCAUUGGGUAUUUCAAUGAUAGUUAUUUUAUGAGUGGCAAAUAAAAGUGAGUGUACUUUAUUUCAUCAUCAAACUGAAAAGUUGUGGCGUUCGUUUGCAUGACAGGAACAUGCGUCAUGAAGUGAGUAUUUUUAUGUACUUGUGUCUGGUUGGAUUAAUAUUCAGUCAUCUUGCUGUUGGUCAGUCAAUAACUGGGAGACAUCUGGUCAGAUGUGAUGCAUCAGGAGGGUUGGGUUUGUUUUUCUUCUUCCCUCCAUCCUGACACUGCAGUAAACCCACUCCAGCGUCAAAGUAAUGCUAGGUUAAACAUUUUAAGUUUCCUUCUGGGUGCUUUUUAUUCUACACUACCACUUCUUGUUUUAUCACUCAAAAUAAAAAAACAGCGACAUGUUGCCUUAGUUAAUUCAUUUCAUGAAGGGCUUAGACUCUGAAGAUACUGGACCUAAAACCCCCUUCAGCAGGAAGUGGAAAGACCAAGCCCUAUUUACUUGAUAAAGUAUUUACUCUUGAGGCAAUCGGUACAUUUAAGUCGAGACAAGCUGAAAGUGCUCUACAGCAUGUGCAGAUUUUUCAGAGUUGUCUUAAUGGGUUAUGUACUUUCUGUAUGUUUUCCAUCAUUGUUACAGUAGAUUAUGCCAACUGUAGAAAAAAAAAAACUCAGAGGCAGCCUGUAAAAGUUGGAGGAGCAGUGUAUACCAAAGCUUUCAUCCAGUCUUAUGCAUUUUAUAGAAAUCUACAUGUUGCAGAAAACCUGUGGAACUAGCUGGAGCAAAAACUACAAACUGCUGUGCUUUUUCUACAAAACAGUUUUAGGAGGCAUACGUUUAAGCAAUGCUCUUGUGUUUGUGUGAAUUGCUUUAAGAAUGUGUUUUCCCAUCUGUACGUGUUGUCUCACCAAGCCUGGUGUAAGGAGAGAAAUAAUAUACUGGUUUUAUGUGGAGUUGUAUCAAUACAUUGUUUAAAAAGUUGCUGCCUAGAAAUUGUGUUGCAACCUGAACUCUUGACUUCAAUGGUAUGUUAUGCAAAAUAAAAUGUCUUUACUGAGAAAAA